AUGCGUCUCAACUGCAUCGUGGUGUUAGCAGUAGCUAUCGUGGCAUGCGUCGACUGUGUUACGGCCAGUACCGACUUCAAGACGAUCACGCCCAACAUUUCGACUGCUAUCCACUCGACCGCGAACAGAGGCGUUGAGACUGCAAAGUUGAAAUCCUAUUUGCUCAGGAACAAGGACGGAGUCCAAGUCCUGACCAAAUUGAAGCUCGACAGUGGAAUCAUGGCCGCUCUGAAAAGCUCGAAGAUGGACGCUUUGUCCACUUACGUCAACAUGUUCAACAAGAAGCACCCAAACGACAAGAUCUCUGUCAUUGGAACUCUCACGACUCGCUACGGAGACGCUACCGUGGCCGGGGCACUCGUGUCUGCAAUGGACAACCCGCAGACGAAGGACCGCGCGACUCGAUUGCGCACUGACCAGAUCGAGGCUUGGUUGAGCAGCCAGAAGUCUGUGGACGAUGUCUUCAAGCUACUCAGGCUUCGAGACAACAGAUACGAAGCUCUUAUCAGCCGAAAGUUGGGGGUACUUGAAAACUACAUCAGGGUCUUCAACAGUAGAAACGAUGGUCAAGAUACGCUGCUCAAUGCAUUAGCGAGGGGCUUCGGUGGAGAGGCCAACUUAGCGUCGAUGCUCAAUGCUGCAAAGUUUGACCCCAUGGAGAUGAAGGCCGUGCGGUUGGAGAAUUCCCUGAUCAAGCAGUGGGUAGAUAAUCCGAGCAGUGAAGUUUCGAUGAUUGGGGCGUUGACGGCGCACUACGGAGACGAAGCCGUGGCGAGCGGGCUGGUUACUGCACCUGCAUCGAGAGAUCCGAUCGUGGAAACGAUGGCGAGUAAUUUGCAGAAGGAACAGUUCGCGAUUUGGUUGAAAAGCGGGAAAUCAGCCGACGACGCUUUCACGUUGCUGAAGUUUCCGGUGGAUAACUUUGUAGCCAUUGCCAGCCCGAAGUUGGAGGCGCUGGAAGAGUAUAUCAAGCUCGUCAAUGGAAAAAAAUCGGAAACGACGACGCUACUCCAAGUUUUGACGAAAGGCUAUGGAGAGGGCGAACUGGCGUUGAAGUUAAUGAUGGCAAAGGCGCUCCCAAGCGUGCGUGGACAAGCAAAAGCGCAAGAGCUCCAGACUGCGCAAUUUGUUCACUGGGUGGACGAAGGAUACGACCCGAUUAGGGUCCUUACCAAGUUUUACAAGGUCGACGCGUCGAACGUGAAAGCUGCGGACGUGACGGAGAAAACAGUGGCAAAGCAGUUCAAGGCUGUCUACGACAGAACGCAUGGCGUGCACACUGACGCGCAACCUCGACGCUCUUAG